GUGAGCGCGAGUUUAAGCGAGACUCGGACGUGUGGGUUUCUGAUCGAGGCGGCAGUUGCCUGGAAAAACUGCAUUUAUUAAGGUGGCUCUCACAGUUCCUCGUGGCUUUUCCUCUGGGUUCUCCAGCAUGCACGGGCACCCGUGGAGUUGCUGCUGGAGCAGGACCUAGGGAAUGAUCUUCCCGGUCACCCUCUUAGCGUUUCAGUGGCACCGACGGCCUGGAGGCCGUGCCCUGUCCCGCGCUGCCAUGGAAGUGGCCUUCCGAGGAGUGCGAAAAGUUCUCUGCGUGGCGGAGAAAAACGACGCUGCCAAGGGGAUCGCCGACUUGCUGUCCAACGGGCGUAUGAGGCGGAAAGAAGGCCUUUCUAAAUUCAACAAGAUUUAUGAAUUUGACUAUCAUCUGUAUGGCCAGAAUGUUACUAUGAUAAUGACUUCAGUCUCUGGACAUUUGCUGGCUCAUGACUUCCAGAUGCAGUUUCGGAAAUGGCAGAGCUGCAAUCCCCUUGUCCUCUUUGAAGCAGAAAUUGAAAAGUAUUGCCCAGAAAAUUUUAUAGACAUCAAGAAAACUCUAGAACGAGAGACACAUCAUUGUCAGGCCCUGGUGAUCUGGACGGACUGUGAUAGGGAAGGUGAGAACAUCGGCUUUGAGAUUAUCCACGUAUGCAAGGCUGUAAAACCCAAUCUACGGGUGCUGAGAGCCCGCUUCUCUGAGAUCACGCCACACGCCGUCAGAACAGCCUGUGAAAACCUAACUGAGCCUGACCAGAGAGUGAGUGACGCAGUGGAUGUGAGGCAAGAGCUGGACCUGAGGAUCGGAGCUGCCUUCACAAGGUUCCAGACCCUGCGGCUCCAGAGGAUCUUCCCUGAGGUGCUGGCAGAGCAGCUCAUCAGCUACGGCAGUUGCCAGUUCCCAACACUGGGGUUUGUGGUGGAGAGGUUCAAGGCCAUUCAGGCUUUUGUGCCAGAAGUCUUCCACAAAAUUAAAGUAACUCAUGACCACAAAGAUGGGACCGUAGAGUUCAACUGGAAACGAUACCGUCUCUUUAACCACACAGCUUGUCUUGUCCUUUAUCAGUUGUGCAUGGAGGAUCCCAUGGCGACUGUGGUAGAGGUCAGAUCUAAGCCAAAGAGCAAGUGGAGGCCGCAGGCUUUGGACACGGUGGAGCUAGAGAAACUGGCAUCUCGGAAAUUGAGAAUAAAUGCCAAAGAAACCAUGAGGAUCGCGGAAAAGCUCUAUACACAAGGGUACAUCAGCUACCCCCGGACAGAAACAAACAUCUUCCCCAAAGACUUAAACCUGGUUGCAUUGGUAGAACAGCAGACCGUGGAUCCACACUGGGGGGCUUUUGCUCAGACCAUUCUAGAGCGAGGUGGCCCUACUCCCCGAAACGGGAGCAAGUCUGAUCAAGCUCACCCUCCCAUUCACCCCACCAAAUACACCAGCGGCUUGCAGGGAGAUGAUCGGCGACUGUACGAGUUCAUUGUUCGCCAUUUCCUGGCUUGCUGCUCUCAGGACGCUCAGGGGCAAGAGACUACCGUAGAGAUCGACAUUGCCCAAGAGCGCUUUGUGGCCCACGGGCUCAUCAUUCUGGCCCGUAACUACCUAGAUGUGUAUCCGUAUGAUCACUGGAGUGACAAGCUCCUCCCCGUCUAUGAACAAGGCUCCCACUUCCAGCCCAGCACUGUGGAAAUGGUGGAUGGAGAGACUAGCCCACCCCAACUGCUUACCGAAGCUGACCUCAUCGCCCUCAUGGAGAAACAUGGGAUCGGUACUGAUGCAACUCAUGCAGAACACAUUGAGACCAUCAAAGCCCGGAUGUAUGUGGGACUCACCUCAGACAAGCGGUUCCUGCCGGGGCACCUGGGCAUGGGACUUGUAGAAGGUUACGAUUCCAUGGGUUAUGAGAUGUCCAAGCCUGACCUCCGUGCCGAGCUGGAAGCUGAUCUCAAGCUGAUCUGUGAGGGCAAGAAGGAUAAGUUUCAAGUUCUAAGGCAGCAAGUGCAAAAAUACAAGCAGGUUUUCAUUGAAGCAGUGGCGAAGGCAAAGAAGUUGGAUGAGGCUUUAUCUCAGUACUUAGGAGAAAGAACAGAGAUGGCCCAGCAAGAAGAGAUCUACCCAGCCAUGCCAGAGCCUGUUCGGAAGUGCCCACAGUGUAACAAGGAUAUGGUCCUCAAGACCAAGAAGAGUGGUGGGUUCUACCUCAGCUGCAUGGGGUUCCCAGAGUGUCGGUCAGCUGUGUGGUUUCCUGACUCGGUGCUGGAGGCCAGCAGGGACAACAGUGUGUGUUCUGUUUGUCAGCCACCCCCUGUGUACAGGUUGAAGUUGAAGUUUAAGCGUGGUAGCCUUCCCCCAGCUAUGCCCCUGGAGUUUGUCGGCUGCAUAGGUGGAUGUGAUGAGACUUUGAAGGAAAUCUUCGGCCUGCGAUUUCCACGGGCUCUCCCAAGAGCUAGCCAGCCCUCUGGCCACCUGCAGGCCAGCCAGGCCCUCAACAGGAUGGACAGCAGUCAGCAUAACCUGUCUCAACCUCUGGUUAACAGACAUACUAGACCUUCAAAGACAGUGGCCCAAGCCUUGCUACCACCCACUACUGCUGGUGAAAGCAACUCUGUGACUUGCAAUUGUGGCCGGGAGGCUGUGCUGCUCACUGUCCGCAAGCAGGGCCCCAACCAGGGCCGGCAUUUCUACAAGUGCAGUAAUGGUGACUGCAACUUCUUCCUGUGGGCUGACAGCAGCCAUUCCACUGGAGGAGGGACCCCCACCUCUGCAUCAGGACCCCCAGGCAGCUCUGUAGGAUGCCCAUCCAGUGUAGGCAGCCACAUGGAUGGGUUUGGCAGCCUUGGCAGCGACAGUGAUGGAGGUACACCCUGCCUGUGCGGGCAGCCUGCUGUCACACGGACUGUUCAGAAGGAUGGACCCAACAAAGGACGCCAGUUCCACACCUGUGCCAAGCCACGAGAGCAGCAGUGUGGCUUCUUUCAGUGGGUGGAUGAGAAUGUGGCCCCAGGAAGUUUUGCAGCCCCUGCAUGGCCAGGAGGCAGAGGAAAAGCCCAGAGACCAGAGGCUGCAAGCAAAAGACCAAGAGCUGGUUCCUCAGAUGCAGGGUCCACAGUAAAAAAGCCUCGGAAAUGUAGCCUUUGUCACCAGCCUGGACACACCCGAACCUUUUGUCCUCAGAACAGAUGAUAGCCGGGGAGGUGGAAGAAAUUGCCUAGACCAGGAAUGAACUAGCUAGGACCAGGUGGCUGUGCACUGUCCUGGAAACCUAGGGAGGUACUGGGUUUUAAAGUUGGCCUUCUUUUGUUGAGUACAAAGACCAGACAUGUCUGGAGAGUCUGGCUGGCUCUGCUGGAUGCUGCAGCUCUGUCUGCAGCUCACAGUGACUCUGGCUGCUGCACUGAUGGAAAAUGAGAAAUGGGCAGUCAGCAUGUAAGCAGAACUGACCUUGAGUGGCCUUCCAAGCCCUGACCGUGGCCACAGUCUGCCAGGUGAAAAGCAGGUACUGCUUUCGGCCAGCCCCGGCAUCCGCGUGGGCCUUCUCUGCACAGCUGUUGGAGAGGUGGCUAGCCUGUGUGUCCCCAGAAGCUUCCGCUCCUGCUCCAUCUAGGACACCCAUAGCUCAUGUGCCUUAAUAAAAAAAAUGCAUCCAUAUUUUCUGGUGGCAUUCAGUCUGGGAUGCCAGCAGGAGCCAGUGAAGGCCAAGGGACCUCUUCUUGGGACUCUCUAGCUCAUCUCUGUACCCUCUUGCCUGGUUCUUCCCUGCUGUGGCUUGUCCCUUGAAACUGGCAGAUCCUGGGAUGCUGACCUUUGCAGAGGAAGGAGACUGUGACUGUACCCUUACAAACUUCUAGACGAGUCAUGCUAGCAUUGUCCCACACUUGAGAAGUGAAAUGGGAGUUGUUCCUUGAGUUACAAGUUAGUGAAGCAACUCGGGUUGUCUUGAGGUCAGAGCAAUAGCCUUGAUUAGACAGGAACUCUCAGCCUGGCCGGCAGCAGGGUUUCACUGGUGACUGUUCCUACCACUGCUCAGGGGCACUGUUUGCAGCCUGCAUUUAGGAUCUGACCCUGGUCCACCACUCACAGCUGGCCUUACCUGUUUGAACACUUCAAUGGAAACCUCAUGUACCUGCUGUGCCUAGGCCAGCCUCAAGCUCAGAGAUCGCCUGCCUCUGCCUCCAGAGGGCUGGAGAUAAAGGUGUGUGCUGCCCUGCCGCCUUCCAUUUGUUUAUUUGGAAAUUUUGUCCAAGGUCUAUAUUGCUGCUUAGACUUUGUUUUUCAAGACAGUAUUUCUCUGUGUAGCCCUAGAGAUCGCCUGCCUCCUGAGUGCUGGAGUUUAAGGCAUACACCACCACAUCUGGCACUUGAGAGUGAGAAUGACAGGGUUUGACAUUCUAGCAAAGCUGGCAAGGAUAACAGCUGACCUUGGACAGGCAGUUGUCUCAGUCUAAGCACAAGACUGGAGACAUAGCCACCAAUGUGUGUUGAUUCUACAAUUGAAAGUUCUGGAUUCUAAAGUCAGCUGCUACCUUAAAAAACAAAACAAAACCUGAAGGAAAUAGCAAGUAGUUAGUUUUCCUGGAGGACCAGAGGAAGAGAGAAAAAGAGGGAGAAAUGGAGAGGAGAGUGAAGGGGAGGGGAGGCUGGCUGUCCAGGGCUAGGGGCUGGAGAGUCUGUUAGGCCCAGUGAUGGCAGACUAGACCUAGAGCAGUUUGUGUUUGGGAUGGAUCUGUCAGGGGGAAGGGGACACAUACCCAGAUAGUGUUGAGGUCUCUGUUAGCUGCCUUGUCAAGGGACACAUGUUGGGAGGGAGUAAUAAUUGUUCCCUGGGCUCACUGUAUGAAGUCCUUGAAUGAAUGGGAGGGAGGAGAUGUGUGUGGGUAAGGAAGCACAGUGGGAGGGAACCAAACCGGGAGAGGAGAGGGGAGGAUGGAAGUGGGAUUGCCAGAUGGAGGGGCGCUGGAGGAUGGAGGGGUGCUGGUGGCAGAGACGCUGAAGGUUGAGUGGGGGCUUACAUGGCCAUCAAGGAUGUCAUCAGAGGCUGAGUUCAGGGAUGCACCUAUUAGAGUCCCAUGCUAAGGCCAGGAAGUACUGGAUAGGAGGUUUCAUUAUGCAUGUCUGAAUGUAUGCUACAUGUGCACAGAUAUCACCAAGGCCAGAAAAGGGCAUCAAGUCCAUGGAGCUGAAGUUACAGGUAGUUGUAAACCACCCAGUGUGGGUGCUAGGAACCAAACUCUAGUCCUCUAGAAGGGCGAUGUGGUGGUUUGAAUAUGCUUGGCCCAGGAAGUGGCACUAUUAGGAGGUGUGGCUUUGUUGGAGGAAGUGUGUCACUAUAUGGGUGGGCAAUGAGACCCUCCUAGCCACAUGGAUGUGGCUUCACUUGUCUGCCUUUGGAUCAAGAUGUAGAGCUCUCAGCUCCUCUAGCCCCAUGUCUGCCUGGAUGCUGCCAUGCUUCCUGCCAUGAUUAUAAUAGACUGAACCUUUGAACCUGUAAGCCAGCCCCAAUUAAAUGUCCUUUAUAAGA